UAAUGAAUGAAAUUGUUGAACAAAUGAGCGAAUCUUGUUUGACGUAGAUAUCAACAAACGAGGAACAGUAAUCAAAAGACAUAGCUUGCAAACAUGGCGGCUGCUUCUUUUAUGAAAAUGAGUCCAGCCAAACUUAGAACUCCGACAACGAGGAUAACCAGAAGCAGCGAUACUCGCAGAAGUGAUUCGUAUGAAAUAGAGCACGUAGAAUACGAUUGGCCCGAUCUACCGCCCUUAACACAGGUUAAGGACGCCAUUACGAGAAAUAAAGUCAGCCAUGGUAUCAGUUAUUUACUUCCCCUGGAUUCGGUCAGUAAUAAUUUCCGUCCAGAUUUACGACACAUGUAUGGUGAAACUAAUCGAAGUUAUGAUCGAUUUUUGUUUGAUAACGCUAAAUCACAACCCUCUACUAAAGUGCAACUUUUUCGACACAGCGUAGACACGAAAUUAUCUGAAAAAUAUCUCAGUGCAUUGCCGUCGAAUCUUAAUGCACAUUCGGAAGAAGUCAGAAAGCUGUACGGACGAUCUGCCCCACGACAAGCUGCCGCUAAAAGACGAAUGGGAUUAGAUUGCAGUAAAUCGCGUCAGAGAUCGGGUCUUUACGUCACAGUUAAGGCCAAAGAACCACCGGAAGCCAUAGAGAUGCGAGAGGAAGUAGAAAAAAUUAUUACAUCAUUAAAGGAAAAUGAUGAUGAAUAUGACGACGCUGUAGAAGACAACCACAGUCCGGAGGGUGGUUUAGAAACCCAGUCAACAAUAACAGAAGCAAAGAGCAACCAAAUGUAUCGCAAAAGAUCAGUUUUCAAAGAAGCCGAUCAUUCUGCAUCUUUGAAUGCAAAAUUAGAAAAACUAAAACUUGAGCAAAGAACGUUUAAAACUUAUCAAAAAUUGAAAAAUGCCACCCCUCCUAAAAUUCAAAUUCCAUCCAUGUUAAAAUCCACCUUUUUAUCCGACGAGGAAAAUCAAACAAUAUGGGAAUGGUUACAUCACAAGGAGGAGAUGUCCGAAUUCGAUUUCUUUUUGUCUGUUUGUGGAUAAAUAGGCUGACUCACUUUUAAGAAGGAAAAAUUCCAAAGGGACUUGAAAUAUUACAACGAUUUAAGUAAUAAGGACAUC